CUGUCUGAAUAUUGUCUCAGAGAUGGGGGCCAGUGACAGUUGCCUGGAAACUUCAAUCUGUCCACCCGCAUUUAUUCCAGAUCCCAGUUAUGAGAUAAAGUUUAAUAAAAAUCUUUUGCUGCGCCACCGCCGAAAUGAAACCCAAGCCUUUCUGAGCAUCUGAACACAAUGAGACAGGACCGCGGAGGAAACCUCAUGUUCAACAUGUAUCUCUCAGAUCCAACAGAAAAUCUGUUGAAAGAAAGCAAAGGAACAUCUUGGAGUCCAAUAAAUACCGGAGUGCAAAAAGGCAGCGGACAGAUCCAGCUGUGGCAGUUCCUCCUGGAGCUCCUCUCGGACAGCACCAACGUGUCCUGCAUCGCCUGGGAGGGCACCAAUGGGGAGUUCAAGCUCAUCGACCCGGAUGAGGUGGCCCGGCGCUGGGGGGAGCGGAAGAGCAAGCCCAACAUGAACUACGACAAGCUGAGCCGGGCGCUGCGCUACUAUUACGACAAGAACAUCAUGACUAAAGUCCACGGCAAGAGAUACGCCUACAAGUUCGACUUCCACGGCCUGGCGCAGGUGUGCCAGCCGUCCACCACGGAGCAGGCCAUCUACAAGUUUCAGGGGAACUUCUCCCCGAUCCCCUUCUCCGGCAUUUCCAAACUGAAUCUCGUCACGCCGGGCGUGGGUCCCUCGGGUUUCUCCUACUGGCCCGGCUCCCCACCGGCGGCCCUUUAUCACAGCCACAACCUGCAGCCCGCGGGGCCCUUCGGCACCGUGUCUCCGUCGCACAUCAGCUGCGUCAACAACAUCAACAGUCUGGCCAACAUCAACAAUCACUACAACUGACUCCUGUUGCACAUUCCAUGCCAGACUUGGAAUACAUGAAUAAACACGAACUGGUUUUUGUUUGCGCCCCAAAUGUUGAGUAAUUCCACCAUGAUUUGGACAAGAUUUCUGAAAAACGACAUUUCUCUUACUUCACUCAGCAAACCUGCCUUAUUCCACACCUAGCCUUGUAAAUUUUGGACUGCAUUUUAUCCCGGUAAUUUAUGUCGGUAAAUUAUUAAUUAGAAUCAAAAGUGAACAUUACGUCCUAUUUUAUUAUAUUCCCGAAUUUGAUUAUAGAUGGUCUUUGUAGAUAUGAAGUAAAUAAUUUCCAAUAACUUGAAUCAAUCUGACCCUUUGUUCAGACUACUGCGUAGAAAUAACCAAUAUGUGUGUUAAAAAACAGACAAAAAAAUAGCUUGACUAUGCUUUAAAUCGUUUUUCACUCAGAUGUAAUGAAUAUUUAAUAAAUGAAUGAAUAAAUACAUCCAUUAGAAAAAACGCGUAGUUUUACACAAACUACUUUUCUGCGCAAAAUGUCAUUUUUUUAAAAAUAUGAAAUUUCUGAUCUUCACUCAACAAAUUUAGAAUUUCAGAAAUCAACAAACUUUUAUUUGUGACAAGGUGUUUUUUGAUAGAGAAUAUAGCCAUUAGAUGUUCCAAUAAAAUGCUAGAAGAGUU